UGUUCUAAUAUGGGCUGUCUUUCUCUCUAACAUCCUAAAGGGAAGACCAACUAGCCGUUUAGAUUACUUGUUGAAUGACAUAAGCACGAAAGUUAUUUUUGUGUAUGUUUUAUUGCGCAUUUAUACACAUUUUUCUUCACCUUGAUAUAGGAUAUCGUAAUAAUAUAUUCGUUAGCUAAUACAUUGCAUUUGGACUGAGAAGAAAUGCGGGACCGAACCAAGGAACUGGGCAAUACUGCCGAGGCGUCAGACGAGGAUGAAGAGGGCAGGGCACUUAUGAUCAAACCAGGGACUUCUACAGUGAGGGAGGAGAAGGAGAAUGAUGCUUUUUUCAAGAAGGUCCAAGAGAUUCGAGAGGGACUGGAGACGCUUAAAAAGGUGGUUUCUGACCUUGAGAACAAACAGAAGACCGUGUUGGGUGUGGCACUGCCAGAGGACGGCAUGAAAAGGGAACUCCAAACCCUUCGGGAACAGAUCAAAACAAUGGCAAUGCAGAUCCAUAAGAAACUGAAGAUCAUUGAACCCAAGAAAGGAGAAGAUGAUGGGAAAUACAUCCCCAUAAACCUAAGGAUGCAGAGAGCCCAACAUGGCGUCUUGUCUCGGGAGUUUGUGGAGUUGAUGGGCCACUGUAACACCAUCCAGGCUUCCUACAGAGAUCGCAACGUGGAGAGGAUACAGAGGCAGCUCAGAAUCACUGGCACCAAUGUAACAGAUGAAGAUUUGGAUGUUAUGCUUGAAAGUGGACAGACUGAUGUUUUCACACAGAAUAUCCUGAUCGACGCUAAAGCCACUAAGCAGGCGCUGAAUGAGAUUGAGUCCCGGCAUGACGAGAUCCUCAAACUGGAAAGGAGCAUCAGGGAUCUGCAUGACAUGUUCCAGUACCUGGCCAUGGAGGUGGAGGCUCAGGGGGAGAUGGUCAACCGCAUUGAAGCCAACGUCCUCAACUCAACUGAUUAUGUGCAGAAGGCAGUGGUAGAGACCGAGAAAGCUGCCACCUACCAAAACAAAGCACGCAAGAAGAAGAUAUGGAUCGCGUUAUGCUGUGCCAUUCUCCUCCUCAUUUUAGCCAUCUCAUUGGCGAUCACCUUCUCCUGAGAUCCAGACAUGUGAGUUCACUCUUGACGUGCACACGAGUGUCUUCCCCUAACCCACUCUCCUGCCCUGGGACAAAAAAGACAUGUCCUGUCCUACUGAACUUUUGACUAACACCACUCUCAUAUAGACAGACACAAACAAUCAUAGUCUCUCAUGUUAACUYCCCCACUCUCAGCGAAAGGCAUUGCUGAAGGCUUUUUGGCCCCCUCUGUGGCYCCCUUUUCCAUUUAGGGUGCCAUUGAAGAAAUGUGUGGACAACUCAACGUGCUGGAGCCCUAUGUAUCCACAAGCACGGAAUAAUGCAGUAUUGGAACUGGCACUGAUCAGAUUUACUCAGGAAAACCCAUAGCUAAGGUGGUUAUUUUACGAAGUACAACGCGACAUAAUCUUUUUAGGGCUUCUUGUUUUUAAAUGCAGAUAUAGAAUAUAAUUGUAUAUCGCCAAUUUUCUUAUUUGUUGAGUAAUUAAGACAUGCGGUUUUAUAAAUCUUUCAAGAUGUCUGAACUGGCUUCCAUGUUGCCCCUGAAAUUGAUCUCCCAUUAAGACAAUAUUGUCUGAUCACUGCAAUGUUAUCCUAUUUACAUCAGUAUUUAUUUAUAGUUUGAAUAUUGUUGUGGAAGCUGCUAUUUUAAGUCUUGCCACAGCAACAAUCGGAAUCCUUAUAGUUAUGGUGCCUUUUUUCCGUAUGUACUGACGGACAGCUCUAAGAACAAUGUAGUGCACUCUUAUUUUGUGAAGGGAUGGAAACUGCUGUAAUUAUUCAAUGCUUCUGCUUCAAGAACGCAUUAACCAUUUUUUAAAAUAUCUAUUUUUUCCAAACAGUUAAGAUCUCAGCCACGGUGUUUUACCCUAGCCUUAUUGAUCUGUGCUGACCAGCUUCUCCCUAUAGAUAUUAGCUGACAUCACAAAAACGGUUCAGAAGUCAAUCUGGAUGGCCAGAGAGCUAGCAACAAUGACAAGAAGCUGCCAUGUGAGGAAUCGUAGGUGCUUGUUCAUGUCUUGUUUUGACGCCCAUGGUGACCAACAUUUGCAGAAUGAGCACUUAUCUAUAUAUAAAAGCAACACUUUCAAAGAUUUUACAUAAGGAAAUCAGUGAAUUUAAAUAAAUUCAAUACCAUAACCCCA